AUGGAGCUGUGGGAAAGACAUGUAUGUGUGCCUACAAUUUUUGACAACUUAAGUGCAAAUGUUGUGGUUGAUGGCUUUACAGUUAACCUUGGAUUAUGGGACACUGCUGGACAGGAGGAUUAUAACAUACUUAGGCCUUUGAGUUACAGAGCAGCAGAUGUGUUCUUGCUUGCAUUUUCCCUUCUUAACAGAAUCUGAUAUUAGGCUAAUUUUUUUGCAUGGAUUCCUGAACUAAUACAUUAUGCGCCAACUGUGCCAAUUGUUCUUGUAGGAACAAAACUUGAUUUAAGAGAAGACAGGAACUAUUUGAUUGAUCAUCCUGAAAUUACACCUAUAACUACUUCCCAAGGAGAAGAGCUGAAGAAGGCAAUUGGUGUUGCUGUAUACAUAGAAUGCAGCUCAAAGACUCAACAGAAUGUGAAGGUCGUAUUUGAUGCUGCAAUCAAGGUUGUUUUGCAGCCGCCAAAGCCAAAGAAAAAAAGGAAGACAAGAUCAUCCAUUUUUCUUUAAUUGGUGUUCGUGUUU